AUGUGGCCCACCCCCGCCACCCCCCCCCACCACGCCGUUCCCCCUUCCGACAGCGCCCUGACACAGCCCCGACAAUCUAAGCCGUCCAUUGUGGCCCGCCGCUGAUCCCAUUAUUGGAGUUUCCUGACCGUCCGAUGGUGAUGCUGACCUGGGGAAAAUCCUAGUCGUCUGAUUUAUUCUCCCCGUGCUCCCUUCCUUGCAGAUACGUAACCUACGGCGGCGAUUAUCCCUACCAACAGGUAACAGCCACUCUAAUCAGCUUAUUGGGUGGGCCCACUGUUCUUAAAUGUAACACGUGCGAGUCACGCGUGCCAGGCUAUGUACAACCCUCAAAUUGGGCCGCAGUACUACGCGCAGAUGUAUGGGCCGUCUUCAUGGGCCGGAGUUGUUGGGCCGCCUUAUCAGUACGCACCUACUGCCGGGUACUCGAUGCAGACUUCCCCACGGGCCGGGUUCUCCUCGCCGGGCCGGCCCGCCCACCAGAUGCAGGGCCCACCGUACGUCCAGUACCAGGCGGCGCCACCGCCAGCUGAGGCAUCGUCCGUCACUGCCGCCGCCGCAACCCGGCCACUUGCCUUCCAACUUCAGUCGCCUCCAAGGACAAGGCAGCAGCCCUCCAACAUGGCUGGUGAGCCCCCUCUCCUCCUAUCCUUACUCCCCUGGAUACGCUGGCCCGUGAUUGGCCCAUUAAUCCCAUUAAUUCUAUGAAUUUCUCAUUUUAGCAAGUGAAUAUAUUUCGCCUAGAUUCCUCCUUAUUCGCCAUUUUUGAUAAAUCAAGGACUAGUUUCUUUCAAUUUUCCAGUUUUUCACAUUAUUAUUUUAUUCAUUUUUAUUCAACCUAAGUGUCAAUAAUUAAAGUUCCCCAUUUUAGCAAUUUAGGCAUGUACCAACGAUAUAUCAAUUUUUUUCAUCUGAUUACACAACAGCUUUUAAUGAGUAAUGCAUGAAAAAAAACCCACCUAUGAAUUUCCUAAUUUCUUGAAUUUUAUUUUUUCCUACAUAAAUAGAUAUUAUUAAAGCUAGAAUUUCAGCCUCAAUAAUAAAGACCCACAUCGUCAAAUUUAGGGUUUUUUCCACUUAUUAGACACCAUCUUUAGUGAAUAAUCCAUGAAAGAAACCCAGCUCUCAAUUCCCUAAUUUCGUGAAAAAAAAUAUUCCUGUAUAAAUAUAUAUUAUUAAAGCUCGAGUUUUUAGCCUUGAUAACAAGGACCCACAUCAUCAAAUUUGGAGUUGUUUUCCUCUUAUUAGACACCAUAUUUAAUAAUUAAUGCAUGAAAAAGAAACCCACCUAUGAAUUUUCUAAUUUCUUGAAUUUUAUUUUUUCCUACAUAAAUAUGUAUUAUUGAAGCUUGAGUUUCAGCCUCAAUAAUAAAGACCCACAUCGUCAAAUUUGAGAUCUCUUUCCACUUAUUAGACACCAUCUUUAAUGAAUAAUGCAUGAAAAAAACCCACCUAUGAAUUUCCUAAUUUCCAGAAUUUUAUUUUUUCCAACACAAAUAUAUAUAAUUAAAGCUUGAAUUUCACCCUCAACCCACAUCAUCAAAUUUGGGAUUUUUUCCUCUUAUUAGACACCAUCUUUAAUAAUUAAUGCAUGAAAAAACUCACCUAUGAAUUUUCUAAUUUAUUGAAUUUUAGUUUUUCCAAAUAAAUAUGUAUUAGUAAAGCUAGAAUAUCAACCUAAAUACUAAAGAUCCACAUCAUCAAAUUUGGAGAUUUUUUCCUCUUAUUAGACAACAUCUUUAAUAAAUAAUCUAUGGAAAAAACCCACCCUAUGAAUUUCUUAAUUUCUUGAAUUUUAGAUUUUCCCACAUGGAUACCUGCUAUAAAAUUUAGGGUUUAAGGUUUAGGAUUUGAGAGACUCUAUGUUGUAUGGACUCUUUCAUAUUCUACUAGCUCUCUUGUUGUUUCAGAGGCACAAGUCCCCCAACAGCCACCCACAGAAGGAGCAAACACAGAGAGCUCAGAUGCUUGAGGAAGCCCCCAACCGAUGGCGGUGAACUAGCGGCACCCUCUGUCGGCUAUCGCCUUGAGAACUCUGACUACAACAAUCGUCGCACAACCGGCGACUAGAAGGAAAUAAAUGGCGGUUAACACAUUCUCUCUCUUCUUGAAUCACUUAGAGGCUGGAAUUCCUGCUGAAGAGCUGGCAACAUCUUGGAUGGGAGAGGGCAUUUGAUCAAGUGGAACCAUUUAUGACCUUGUUGUCUAUUCUUCCAUCAAUUUCUUACCCCCCCCCCCCCUCACCAUCUUGUAAUUCUUUUCCACAUUCAGGAAAAUUGGGAGUUUUCAUCCAAAAUCUGCUGAUAUUUUGGAAGAACUAG